AUGGACUUAGAUGACAUCGAUCGCUGGUACAGCGGUGGCAGCAGCCGAGACCACUACAGAUCACACUACGCACCGCACUACUCUCGCAAGUGGAAUGAUACUCACCAAAGCAUACACGACCCUCCCCUGCCGCGGCGGUACUUCAACGAUGACCCUAUCCCAGAAAAGCUACCUUCACAUCGUAGCGCUCCGCCGCCUCCACCGCCUCCAUCACCACCGCCACACCGCUCGAACUCUGCGAAUGUAAAGCGCAAGAACAAGCGCCAUUCGAAGCACCGUCACACGCGCCGCAAGAGAUCGGCCAGCUUCACCUCCAGCAGCGCCGCCAGGACAGAGACAAGUCGUACUUCGUCCAUCUCGAGCACCGAUAGCGCUGAAAGUAGUACAACCAGCUCGUCUAGUUCGUCCGGCAGCACUGCCAGCGGCAGCGGCUCGUAUGAGUCCUCCGACUCGGAAAGAACGAGCUCGACUUCGGCGAGCACCAGCAGCACAUCAGCCUCCUCGACAUCUACCAGCAGCAGCAGUACCGCUUCCUCGCAUGAACGACGCGCACAACUGCACAAGAAGGUGAAACCACAUCUGCAACAGAGCGCUGUCGCGCUGUCUCGCGUCGCUUCGAGGCCGUACAUAGCGGUGCAGGACGAAGAAAUCGCCGCAGCAGCAGCAUGCAAAGCAAUUUUCAACAAGGAGGUGCAGUUGAAGGAAGAGGAGCUACGACUUCUCCAGCAGAAGCGGAACUUCGCGGCAGAGGUUCAACGUCGGUCGCUCCACUCACAUCGCUUUGCAGUCGAAGACGACGCAAUACGGCAGAUGCAGCGGCUUGUCGACCUCACAGACACGACACCUGCACUCGAGGAGUACCUGAGGCGCACGUCCAAGGCUCUGUCGGCGAGCGGCGCCACGACAGACGCAGGCGCACUGGCGUAUCUGCGGUCUUACGAGGAAGCUUUGUCAGGAGAUGGUGUGGCGCCGCUGCUGAAGCAGAUGGCCACACCGCCAUCGACGUCUGUCACCGCCGCCGCAAAUGCCCGUAGAGACGAGCGCCUCGCUGUCGUUGGGGAUGGGCCACCGGCGCCUAUAAGUCUGUCAAGCGGUACACCAAAAAUAGAAGCGUUGGCGGCUACGCGGUCCAUCGCAGCCGCAGCGCCAACCGCCAGUGGAGGAGUGUUGCCUCAUAGGACAACCCCCGAGGCCAACUCGUUGCUGGAGCACAGCCUUCCUGUAGAGGGCCACUUUCUCACUCGUUCCGCUCCGCCAACUCCGACAGGCCGCGCAAUGGCGCAGGCUCCGUCGCAAGGAGCGCCGGUGUUGUCGAUCACUACCGAUGCGGGCAACACAGAGAAUGGGGUGGUGGUUGGUGGCGCGCCGGCGGAAGGGGUCAUCACAGUUGCAAAGGACGAGAGGCAAGGCGGCUCGGCUGCGCAGGCAACCGCAAAGCCCGCUGAGCCGGCGGUUAGUAGGCCCUUAAAAGGUGACCUUGUUAUUCAUAAUGACCUGCCGCAGCAGCGCCGCAUCAAGGUGAAGGCGCGACGUCACCGCAGUCGCUCGCGCGCCCUGGCGCACCAGGGUGAGGCGGACAGAAACUCAGCCUUAGAAAAUGCUCCUUCGUCGAACGAGAGACGAGAAGACAGCACUGUCUCGCCUUCUGUUGGACACUCUCAGCCAGGGCGGCAGCAGCAGCCCAUCGGUGCAUCAUGGCAGCUGCUGCCGCCGCCACCAAGCCCCGCCUCUCACACCGUUUCUGAGCAGCAGCACAUCUUCGUCGACCCUAUGCAGCAGUACAACAGCCAGAGUGGGGCUGGACAGCAGCCAUGGGCCAUGGUAAACUGGCCGUGUAACGCGCCAACAUGGAGGCCGACGCACAAAGAAAAGGAUGGCCCGCUAGCGCUCUGGUACACCUCCAACAGUCCCGCGCCGCUCUCUCAUCGUGAUUUCAAGAGCCUGCUCUGCUCCGAGUACGUGUCACCGGAGACGAUGCCCGCACUAGUGCCGCGAGCUGUGGGCGCGACCGCAGCUAGUGUUGAUGCGGACAAUCAAGUCUCAGCGGCGCCGGCAGGUGCAAAGGCGGGGCGCAAUGCACACACACCAUACAGUACUGGAACUGCCGACACCGCAACUCUUUCGGGGGAGACCGACGCUGGCGAACACGCCCCUCGGCGAAGUUCGCGGCGUCGGUUGGUGCGCAUUCGAGGUGUGGAUGAAACCCCCGAAUACCCCUUAGUCGCAGAGUGGGGUCAUGGUGAAGGCGACUCUCAGGCCCACGGUCCCGCUGAAGUCUUACCGCCUCCUCCAGUGGAUCUAAGGGGUAACGGGAACGAGCUCAUCGUAGAGUUCCCGCCGCCGCCGCAUAUCACAGCGAGCGACAUGCCGCCCCCCGGUGACGUAGGCAGCGAUGUUGAGAACAGCUGCUGUGGGUGUGGAGGUGGCGAGUGCAACUGCUGCUCCGCGUUCUGUGCGAGAUGCCGCCGUUGCUGGUAUGUCGUAUUUAGCUGUCUCUUUCCGUGCUGCAGCGGCCAGACGAACCCAAAAGCUGCGCUGCCGAUCGAAUCACAGCGUACACUGAGCUCUCAGAGGCACGAUCCAGACUCUGCUCUGCCGGUGCUAUCUCGUCCGAUUCCGACUACACCAGCCACGAUGAAUGCGCAACCAUAG